UUCGUGGAAGAGUGAAGUGUGAAGACUGAAGAGUGCGAUCUAGGGUUUUGUUGGGAGAUUCGAACCCUCUGCGACUUAUUAAACUCAUGGCCGAAUCCAUUUGCAGAGCUUUGCGAGAUGGGGCUUUGGAGGGAGAGCAUGCUCCCGCCCUCACGAUAAAGGAUUCUAUACAGUGUUCUAUGGGAUGUGAUGUCUUCAACUUUGUUCUUUGUAGUCUUGCGUCGAACAUCGUGGCUGGAAAAUCGCAAGCUCGAGGUCUCGUGCUUGUCGCUUUUAGUCGGAGUCCGUCGUUCUACAUUGAUUUGCUGCGGAGUAGAGGAAUAGACGUCACCUCUUCUCAUAAAUGGAUAAGGAUUAUAGACUGUUAUUCGGAUCCUCUUGGUUGGAAGGAACAGCUUCUGGGCUCUGAAAGAGUUGCCAAGGACUCCGGGAGAGCUGCAGAGACUCUUUGUAAGGAUGUUAGGGAUCUAGAUAAGAUCUUUUCAACAAUUAUCGAACUUGGAAAGGGUCUGGUUGGACAUGGCAAAAUUCGUUUCUCUGUUGCCAUUGACUUGGCAAGUACAAUGCUGAGGCAUGCAUUGCUGCCGUCUGUUGCAGGUCUUAUAAGCAAUCUUCGCAGCCAUGAUCAAGUUUCAAGUAUAUUUUGGUUGAUCCACUCAGACCUUCAUGAAGCCAGGGCUACGACAGUUCUUGAAUAUAUGUCCUCCAUGGUUGCCAACUUAGAGCCAAUUGCUCAAUCCACUAAUGGGCAAAGAGGAAAGCUCCAUGUGCGGUUUAAGCGUCGAAAUGGAAGAGUUAAAGUGAUGUAUGAAGAGUUCUAUGUGGAACAAGCAGGCAUUAAAUUUGUAGCUGUUUCUUCUGGAAAUGGAAUGGUUGAUCACAACCUCUUACCAAAGGUGCAGUUCAAUCUCCAGUUAUCUGAAAAAGAACGGGUUGACAGGGCGAAGGUUGUGCUUCCAUUUGAGCACCAAGGAAAUGGGAAACCUGUUCAGAUUUAUGAUGGCCGGCAAUCUCUCCCAGAAGGCCAAAAUGAUGCAAUGAUGCUGACUUCAAACAACAAGAAUGCACAAAAGGAACCUGUUUCUGGCAUGGGUGAGAUACACUAUGUUCGUGAUUCUGAUGAUGAGCGGCCAGAUUCAGAUGAAGACCCAGAUGAUGAUUUGGAUAUAUAGCCCUAUUUACUCUCUCUUGCAAGCAACCUGUUGGUGAUUGAGGGCUCAGAAGACUGUAAAUGUCUAAUCUGCAAAAGAACUAUUAAGUUUGUGUUUGUCUAAGUUCAACUCGAGUGUGCUAGGGAGAUGUUGCUCACAGGCAGUGCUCCAUGGGUUGCUUAUACAGACUCUGAAUUUGGACUUAGAAUCCUACUGACGAAAGGAUGCAGGUGAUGAAAGGAUGUACACUGGAGAUCAGAGACUCAUAUUUUGAAAUAGGAUCGACUGUGGAGUCAGCUCAUGAUUUCACUUGGUAAACUGGUUUUGCCCCCACCAAAAACCAAAGAAAGCCAUAAUAUCAGAGGGACUGUCGUUCUCUUGCUUUGGAGUGGCUUCUUAACGGUGCAAUCAAUAAGUUGAAUAGGGUGCAGUUGUGGAGUGCAAUAAAUGGUGAAUCCAUCAGUGAAUU